GGGAAAGCCGCGGAGUCCGAACGGCGUGAGGUGAGUCGUGCUCCGCGGCACCGUUAACCCCAGGUACGUGCUGCGCCCGGCGGAUUUGGGGCAGCGCAGGGCCAGCGGGCGCGGCCCUCAGCGGGGUCCGCAGCGGGCGGCCAUGAGCUUCCUCAGCCUGCAGCAGGCGGCGCCGCCGCGGCGGGUCUCGGCCCGGCGGGCGGCGGCCCCGAUCCGGCAGAAACUGCUGUUCUUGAGCGCCCACAGCGACUGCGAGGAGGAGGACGAGGACGAGGAGGAGGAAGGCGGCAGCAGCUGCAACAGCACCGGCGAGGACUCGGCCUUCCAGGAGGCGGAUUCGGCCUUUCAGGAGGCAGACUCUCCGCUCUCGGCUGCUCGCACCCCGACGCGGGGCGACCCGCCCCUGCUGGAGGAGGAGGAGGAGAUGGAACCCGCGGCAGCGCCGCUGCCGGACGAGGGGGACUCGUGGGAGGAGGAGGGAUUCGGCUCCUCUCCGGUGAAGUCUCCCGGAGCCUAUUUCAUGGCCGGCUCGCCCUCGCCGCCUCCCCCUCACAAGGGCCGGCGCUAUUACGGUGGCUCCCCGCCGCGCCCCGCGGCUAGUGGAUACCGGGUGCGGAGCGAAGAGCCCAGCUCGCCGUUGCCCGACUACCCCGGCACGCCGCCUCACAAGACUUUCCGCAAGCUGCGCCUCUUCGACACGCCCCACACUCCCAAGAGUUUGCUUUCUAAAGCACAAGGAAUGGGCUCCAGCUCAGUUAAACUUCGAGGGGGCUCUCUAUUUAUGAAUGUUGGGAAAUCAGAGAAACAAGAUGAUGAUAUUAGACGAACACCUCAUGUGAACAUCAAUCCCUUCACUCCUGAUUCCAUGUUCCUUCACAACUCUGAAGGAAAAUGUCGUAGGAGGAAGAGAACGCACUGGAAUGACUCUUGUGGAGAGGACAUGGAGGCAAGUGAUGGAGAGCCUGAAGAUGAAACGAUCAGACCAGCUAAGAGGAUAACAAUAACAGAAAGUAAUAUGAAAUCACGGUACGCAACCGAAUUUCACGAGUUGGAGAAAAUUGGCUCUGGUGAAUUUGGCUCUGUGUUUAAAUGUGUGAAGAGGCUUGACGGCUGUAUUUAUGCAAUAAAGCGAUCCAAGAAACCCUUAGCUGGCUCAGUGGAUGAGCAAAAUGCAUUAAGAGAAGUCUAUGCGCACGCAGUUCUGGGACAGCAUUCUCAUGUAGUAAGAUACUACUCAGCAUGGGCAGAAGAUGAUCAUAUGCUUAUACAGAAUGAAUAUUGCAAUGGUGGCAGUUUAGCAGAUGCCAUAAGUGAAAAUUACAGGAAUAUGCGUUAUUUUACUGAACCAGAACUGAAGGACUUGCUACUUCAGGUGGCUCGUGGUUUAAAGUACAUUCAUUCAAUGUCACUGGUACACAUGGAUAUCAAACCGAGUAAUAUUUUCAUAUCUCGGACAUCAGUCCCAAGCAUAACUUCAGAAGAAGGUGAUGAUGAUGACUGGUCAUCUGAUAGAGUCAUAUUUAAAAUAGGUGACCUUGGUCAUGUAACUCGAGUAUCUAGUCCACAAGUGGAGGAAGGUGAUAGCCGUUUUCUUGCAAAUGAAGUUCUACAAGAGAACUACACUCAUUUGCCAAAAGCAGAUAUUUUUGCUCUUGCUCUGACUGUUGUCUGUGCUGCUGGGGCUGAACCACUUCCAUCUAAUGGGGACCAAUGGCAUGAAAUUCGACAAGGAAAAAUACCUAAAAUACCACAAGUGCUUUCUCAAGAAUUACUAGACCUACUAAAAGUUAUGAUUAAUCCUGAUCCAGAGAAAAGGCCUUCAGCUGUGGCACUAGUCAAGCAUUCAGUGCUUCUCUCUGCUGCAAAAAAGAGCGCAGAGCAGCUCCGGAUAGAACUGAAUGCUGAAAAAUUCAAAAACUCACUUUUGCAGAAAGAGCUGAAGAAGGCACAGAUGGCAAAGGCUGCAGCUGAGGAGCGAGCACUGUUCACUGACAGAAUGACAACUAGAUCUACAACACAAAAUAGACCAUCUCGACUCAUUGGAAAGAAAAUGAACCGCUCAGUUAGUCUUACUAUAUACUAACUAUGACAUAUAAAAGAACUACUGAGGAUAGCUAAGCAUCUCUGCCAGAUUGAAGCCCAAGGAAUUGAAAGAAUUCAAUUCUUGGUUUCUUGUCCUGUCUUCGAUCAGUGUCACUAUUUUUACAGGAAUUGUUUCUGGGCUCGUUCUUGUACAGUAUGGCUGAUAAGCUGUAUUAACCAUUUGAGUUAAUGGACUCUGUUACUAUCUUGUCCAUAGAAGAUCCUGGAUGUUCAUCCAUAAGCUUUUUAGUUACACAGUUAGAUGUUACAUCGUCCCAGGGUUAACCACUAUAGUGGUGUGCUGCUUUGUAGCAUAACGGCAUUGUAAUAAGAAGUGAUAUACCUAAUGAUCUUUAAGAGGUAGGGAGGGAGUCUUGCUUUGGUAGUUACUGAUAUUUUUGGAGCAGAGGGGAAUAUGUUUCUUGGCUUUAAGGCCACCUACAUUCAAUGUACCUGAUGUCAGGUAGACUUUUAUUGUGAAUUUUAUUUGUAUAUUCAACUGGGAGCACUUUGUAGGCAUUGCAUAAACCACAGCUUAGAAACCUGUGGAAUUAAGUGCCAAGUGGAACUGCUGCUAUUUUUAGUUUGUUGUCCUUGCUGUAAACUGUAGCAUUAAAACAAUCAUUAUUGUGUUUUUAGGCUUCUUGUUAAAACAACUACGUGAAACAAAUCUAAGCUGCGUUUUAGUGAAGGCAGCAUUUUUCUCUCAAAGCUAGUGCAUUGUGAAAUAAUGCACCAAUUUAAUAUUUGGGCUCUGUAUUUUAGUGUAGUGCAAUUGUUAAUGUCUUGGCUAUUGAUGUUUUGUAAUUCUUUCUAAUAAGGUUCUGGAAGUGUUUUUAUUCUCUUCAGUUGUCCAUUCUUUGAGGUUAUUUUAUUUUUCUUUUUUUGAAUGUUGAAGUACUUGUAAAUAAUUGUUUAGUGUAAGUGUUCAAGUUCUUCACUGUUUAUGUACAUAAGUUUGGUGUUUUAUAGUAUACUUAACUGCAAUUUGACGUGCAGACAAAGAUUAACUAUUCAAAGUUCCAAAAUGAACAGGAAGUGGCCAUCAGAAUCUGUACUAAUGUUGGACCUAGCCUGACAGAUGUUGCUAAAAAAUAGAACUGUUCUAAUUACUGGCUUGUCUCUUCAUUAAUUUUAGUUUAAAACAGUGUUUCCCAUUUGUGAUGUUUGUUCUUACUAGUGUUGAAUUUGAAUAUUAAAGUUAAAAGUUUUGUUUAA